AUGUGCAACCCCACUUGCCCAGAGUCACUCAAAUUUGUGGACACCGCUGUGGACUGGGGAGAGGUGCUCAACGGCGUUGUUCUGGUUGUGUCACUAGUAAUCAGUUGUGUAUGCGUUGCAAUGAAGAUUUAUUUUAAGGUCCAGUUAGUUCUUUUGGCACGAUCUCGUAAACGAUAUCUGGAUGAGCAUGUUGAAUCACCACAGGUAAAUUAUAUUAACUAUUUAGUUAAUUAACUAUUAACUCUUUAGUGAGUUCAUGAUGAACUUGUACGGCAAUAAAGCAAUGUAAGCCAUUAGAAGCUGUAUCGACUUUUUCAUGAGAAUUGUGGUGAGGCAGUUCGAGAGGCUGUUUUGCCGCGUAAAAAGAUAAAUUCAUACCGAAGACAUACAAAGCCACACAUGAUGUUGACUGUUAAUAGUAGAAUCAAUUAGGCCAUUUCCGGUUCAUUCGCGAGCUUUUCGAAUUGUCUUGGUUGUUCGACCAUUUUGCAAUACUGAGUUUUGUAUGACCAUUUGGUAAAAUAUGCAGAUCAUUGAAGUUUUCACGUACGUUACGCCCCUAGCCACGACGGAAGGGGAGUCUUAUUGAAAUAUGUAGCCAAUUUAGGGGGCAGAUCAUGAAUGAGGUGUGGACUAAUAGCUGCUGCUUAAUUUAAGCGGCAUUUGUAAGCUCACUGUCUACCUCGGGUCUACUUCACGGCAGUGUUCAGGCUGAAAUUGUAAUGCGCACUUGAUCAUAUACAUACGUAAAAUCGCGCAAUAAAAAUAUUAUUAUUAUUAUUAUUAUUAUUAUUAUUUCUCGUUGUCCUCUCGAUCAAAUAUCAAUUAUAUGCUUUAAGCGAUAUCCUUACCUAAGAACUUAUUUAACUGAACUAAUGCGCGCCGUCUGGCUUUCAGGAUCUAUCCCGAGCACAGGAGGCCCAGGCUCGAUUUGCCCGCGCCCGCCUGUGCGGGCUAUUUUGAGCAAGUCUGGGCUAUUUUGAGACCAAAAUAGCCCAGACUUGGCAUAUGUCACACGAAACUAUCCUCGAUUUUUCGCUUUUAAUGCAUUUCUUUCACGACUAAUCGAUAUCUCCUGCAAGAAUGAUACCGUAUAACUCUCAAAACAACGAUGCUUUAAUCAAAGAGCUUAAAUUCGCUCUGAAAUCCGUUAGGGAAUAACAAAAUUCGGCCAAAAUAUAUCCGCGUGCCCGGUUUGCUGUGCAAAAAGCGGAAGUCGUUGAACAACUCAAAAACACUCAACCCUGAUUGGACAACGAAUUUCAACAAACAUUUCAAAUUUUUUUAACAAACACAAUGUGAAAUACAAUUUAUUAUACAUAUUAACGUACGUACUACAGUUAUAUUUACAUGCAGUAAUAUUUACACUUUAUAACGUUUGUGAAUAGUUUUGAUUGUAUGAUUGAAAUUAUUACAGUACUGUUAAAAAUAUUACAGUAUUAUCAUGCGAGCAACAUAAAGCAAUAUAGUUGACUAAUUUACUCAUGAAUUAUUAAUCAGUUUUUGAUGAGUGAGCAAGCUGUACCUGUAAAUAAGAUUAGAAUAGCACGUUUUUGUGCCAUCUUGAAUCACGGAAUGAACCAAAAAUUGCCAUGAUUGUUGUUUAAAUGACAAUCAAAUGACGUCUGCAAUGUUUUUGGUAAAUACAUACAAGAAAAGACGAAGGCAUAGAAGGGCGGAAGCUGUUUUCGCUUGGGCCGUAACGUUUGACGAACGAAGCAAAAAUCCGAUAUACAAUGUAAAAAGAGCUUAAAUAUCUAUUUACAUUUAUUGGAUCGGGGUGGGGGCUGUGACUAUGUUUCAAGCAGCAGACGAGCUAGAUACAUACUGUCAACUAAUACAUAUAAUUUUUGUUCACAGAUUGCUAAUGUCUCAGUUAGAAAUGUAAGUAUACUUGAACGAACCGAUGACGUAUUGUUAAGGUAGAAUGGUAUCACUUUUAAUCUGGUAAAUUCAUGUUGGGAGUUUUGGAUGAUAUCGUGGGCAUUUAUACGCAGCAUGCUUAAAAUAUUUUGGGAUCGAGGCAGCUUAGACUUAGGAUAUUCCAUUUAUAUUUCGACGCUACUAUUUCGCAUGAGAAAACUGAAACAUUGGAAUUUAUUCCCCACUUACAGUAUUCCCCGUUGUAUUUAUAUGGACCAAGGUUUUGUGUAUUCUCAUAUGGACCAUGCACGGUUACAGUAUGUGUACAAACAGUCGUACACAUACCCAGGGCAGUGUGUCAAACGGUCGAACAAUUAAAAGGUUGCUAACUGUGUGAACUACAAAAUAAAGCUGAAGCAAUGUAAUUUUGAGAAGAAUGCCAAAAAGUUUUAAAGUUUUGAACACUUUUCAUCGCAAUAAAAAUUUGCCUCUUAAGGACGUUAUUCAUAACCACCUUUCAUGUUAAUGAUAACCGUGGUUAACGUUAUAUAUAAUCACAACCAUGGUUCACGUUAAUCCUAACCAUAGUUCAUGUUAAUCACAAGCAUGCUAACGAUAACUAUAAUCAUAUAACCAUUGUUCACGAUAAUCACACCCAUGGCUCACGUCUGACAAAUGUGACGCCCCUUGUGGAAAUCAACCUUGUGGAAAUCAAAAUUUUGUUCUAGCUCUGAAACAGUGGUCGUGAAAAGUGGGUUGGGGGUUGGAUUUCAAGAUUUGAAUAAGGAGGAUAUUGGUAAAAAUGUGUGGGACAAUUUAAAAAAAAGGGGGUGAAAGACCCUUUCGGAACUAUGUAAAAUUCGCAUUAAAAUAAUUUGUUCGCAAUGCGGUAUAACACUUCAAUGUGGAAAUAGCUGCAUGAAGCUGCAUGUAUUACUGAUAAUAGAGCGACGGAAUCAAAUUUUGUUUUGAAUCAUAUCUAGAUUGGCUGUUGGGCUGGCAACUUGAUGCUGAUUCACAAACAUCGUGAUUUCCCGUCAGAUAUGUUCACAAUAAUGUGCGCAGUUGGAGCCACCAUUAUGAUUGGUAAGAUAGAAAAUGGUAGUUUGUAUUUAAGAAACAGAAAACAUUAUCUGUGUUUCUAUAUACAGUUAUAGAAACACGCGCCUGCAGAUUUUCAUUGGGAAACGGGACAGUACGACGAGUUCUUCCAAGUUACAUUGAGUUCUCCAAAACUACCUCAAGUGUUUUUGUCAUAGCCGGCUUUGGGAGGUGGCCAUGCACCUCCCCUGAGAUACAAAUUCUGCAUAUUCAAAUGACGAUUGAACAGUUGAAUACAUCCGUAUUCGAAUUCUUCCAGUCUCGGCAACAUACAUGUUAUAGUUGAACUGCAAUUUAAUACCGACGCAUGCAGAACGCGUUAUUUGGAUGCGCAGUCGGGACUUUGAAUUACUUAUAUUAACUUAGCAGUGUUUUCAUCUAGGUGAAGUUGAUGGUUCGACCCAAUCCUAUAGUUUAGAAGAGUUUUUGACUAUUAACAUGAGUAGCAAGGUGAGAUAAAAUCGUUCUCAAGUCAUGAACUGCACCAGUAUAUCACAUGUUACCAAGUAACAAGCAUACUGCUGCAUUUUCAUCAUCUUUUUUUCAUCAUCAUUGUUUCUUCUGUAUCCUUGUUUUGCAUCUUCAGGUGGUUCUUAGAAUGGACAUCCCGUUUUCUACUGCUGAUGAAUUUGUGGGGACGUAUAAAAUUAUGCCGAGGCAUCAGGUAUACAUUGUGUAGUUGUCAAGAAAAGCAUUGAUAUUUACUUUUACAAAAUACGAUUAGACUUAUUUAGAUCGAGGACGCGGACGCCAAAGACGACGUGAAAACGGCGUGCUGUGCCCAUAUAUGGACAUGCCAUGCCAUUUUACGUCAUUUUCACGUCGUCUUCGACGUCCGCGUCCUCGAUCUAAAUUAAAUCUGUCUAUUAUCUCUCUAUUACGGAAAGUUUCUCAUAUCCUGAGAAAAUUCUUAUAUAUAUGUUCUGUAAAUUUAUCUUUUUUAAUCGCCAACACUCUUUGUUUGUAUUUUUGAAAGAGUUAAGGCCUGUUCAAACAAGACCAAUAUGUUGGUCCAACAUUAUCCCAGUUUUGAUUAUAGCAAUUUCGCUUGGGUCUGAAAAGAUGUCCGCUCAAGUGUGCAGUUGUUUGGAGCAACUUUUGAAUAUUUACAUUGAUUGGUCGUGCUGACCACUUCCCGCAUGAUCAAUCAUGGCCAAUCAUAAUUAACUUUUGCUAAGCAUUUCCAACGAUCAAUGCAACCGAAACAUUGUUUUCAAAUGUGUCUAGUACAUAAACUUGGUUUAUGCGGAGAUCUCUGUGUAGAUACGAUCGCUUUACUUUUUUUCCUUCGGUACAAUCUUCACAAUUUUCCACGGCAAACGCCAACUGCCGCCGAUAUACGGUCGAAAAUGAAAUUAUCAACGGGCAAUUUGGGCGACGAAGAUUCUAAUUUAACUGAUUUUUCAAAACAUUGCCGCUAUUAUGAACAGCUGGGUGUUUAUUAAAAGAAAAAAAUAAUUUUGAGUUGUUUUUCCUUAUUAGUUUGUUUAUUAGUCACGUUUUAGAAUUAUCUUAUUAUACUGGCUGCAUACGACACGACCACAGAAUGGAGACUUUAUACAGACGGGAGCCGACGUCUUAGUUUUGGCUAUGAUUUUGGGAUAACUGUUGCAAUGCUAUCGCAACAAUGUGUUUCUUCAACAUGUUGCAAUGCUAUGGCAACAAUAUGUUUCUAGCCCGUGGGUUUACGAGUGGAAUUCACCCCCUUGAAAAUAUUCAUUAUUGACAACAAAAACUUGGCUGCCGAACUCAAAGGCAUUUGCUGACGAGGAUUUAUCAAAAGUGCGAGGACUUGCCGUUAUACGUGCUAGAGAGCUGCGACUGUGUUGAGUUUUCUUUAGCAGAAAUAUCGUCUAUUAUAAAAUGUCAACUGUACAUGUAUGGGGACUUUGGCUGGAAGUUUUGUCAAUGUUUCAUAUUUAUUUUAGAAUGCGCAUGCGUACGUGAAUGCCGGAUUCAGAGCCUCGAUGAAUUCAAAUUUUAUUGUAAAGGGGACUCCAAGUUUAGUAUUUGGUGGCGUUAAGCUUUCUCCGGUGAGUAAAAUCGAAUCUUUGUUCCUGGAGCUGGUUGUCCAAAAGCCGUUUAUAUUAAUCCUUUUAAUCCUGAGUUAACGAAAAACUUCAAAGCAAUAUUCCCGACAGUUCUUUAUAAACAUGGAAGCAUUGCCAUGCCCAAACGAAGUUAGGCAUCGUUUUAUAUUUGAUGCGUGAGUUUGUUAGUCUGUUGGGAAUCAUAAGUCUUGGUAUUUAUUCAAAAGUAGUAUGUCUUCGCGCCUGUGGUGCACUUGUUUUGCGUAUGCUCCAUAGCACCGCACUGCAGUACUAUGUCUGUCUAGAAAUAUUGUCGGGAUCAAUAGAAGUAUUAUUUAUUAAAUAUUCUAAACAAACGGGCAUGCCGAAAUACAAAAAAACGAAACAGCAGGUUAAUUUAUAAUCCAGGAUUACGGGGCUGAACUAACUUACUAAUUAGUAUUAUUUGUGCUUCAUUUUGUUGUUGUUGUUUUUGUUGCCCCAAUUAGUUCCUCACAUUUAUGUAGCUUUCACUUUCCUAUAAAAUGUGCUGUACAUAAUAAUACUGUUUAAGGGGUAAUUCAUUAAAGCAUUAAUUAAAACUGAACGAGCCAGCGACCAACCACAUUAUGAAAACGACAUUUCCAGCUAUGUUUAAUUAUUUCGUUUAGUUGCGAGCAAGUGGGACACAACAAUAUCUUUCUGGAAAGAACAUUCUUGACUUGGGACACUAAAAGGUAAUUAAGCGAUUUAUAGUCGGUGCACAGUUUUAACGAGUCCGUGUACAAUUCGAAGCUAAUUUAUUGCUUAUAAUAUACAGUAAGUGGGAUAUAACACGUAAUUUGAUUGGCUAACGCUCGUGCAUUAUAAUGCCAUAAUUCACUGUCUUGGUUUUUCAGUUUCUCUGGGUUUGUCUCUGGUUUCUUGCGAAAAGAAUUAUAGGGUGCAGUUUAGUAAACAACACGAGAAAAACUUUAAAAAGCCACAGGAAUACCAAAUAAAAAUAGAAAAAAAAGCUACAAAAGCUGAACAAAUUUCACCAAGAAAAUACCUUAAAUGCUUCAAAUUAAAAAAGGUUGACACAUUUUCGGCGAAACACAAAAAACAUAAUGAUAAUUUCAGCAAAUGAAAACAAAACAACUCGACGAAAACCUCGGACUGCACGGCUAUCGUGCCAAAUCAGAUUCGGUCAUAUGUACGACCUUUAUGUGUAUCACCGUUUGUACAUAUAACUCCGUAUUUAAUUUAAAGGUUGCAUUUCAUUUUCAAAUUUUACUUAUAGGAUGUUUGAGUGUAUUGGAGAAAGAAAUUGUACCAGAAUCAACGCCACUCACUGCAAGUGCGGAAUAUCGCAAGAGUUUAGCGAUUGGCCUGUUUUAUAAGGUAAAUUCAGCUUUUCCUCCUGGAUGCUUUUGGACUUGGUUUAAGUUAACUUUCUAAUUACCUCUACCAGAUGGUUACAAGUUUUCACUUUGUAUAUGCGCUUGUGUUUGAUGUUUGUGUCCUUGUGACUAUAUGUGUUUGUCUCUCACGGCGAUAACAAAAAAAAAUUACCAACUCAUUAAUACGAAAAUGUGUGUGGGCUACUAGAACUAAUCCAAGGACAAAUCGAUUAAAUUUUGGAUCACUUUGAAUCAAAAUUGGAUCAGAAAUUAGCAAAAAUUUGUCUAGGGGGCUGUUUAUAUGAGGCGAGAUAGCUCGGGUACCGAGGUAGCUCGCUUUAGGUGAGAUCCCGCCUUUGUUAAUAUUUCCUACUAGAUUUCAUCUUGCGUUUAUAUGAGAACCGAGCUGGCCCGCCUAAUCGAGGUCCCGCUUCGUGUGACCCGAGAUCUCAGCUAAACGCAUUUACCCGAACUGGCUCGGCUUUUAAUUAAAAUAAUGUCUUUGUGCGCAUGCCCAAAAUCCAAAUUGACUUUCCGCGAAAAUUUGUAUUUGUUUUCACAAGUCAGCCCAGCCCGCCCCAAAAGUUUCAUGUAAACACUUGGUGAAAUUCAUCUCGGGGAAGCGAGUCAGUUCGGGUACCCGGGCUGGCUGGCUUCCGUAUAAACAGCCCCUAGCUUUCCGUGUUUGAGUAACUCUUGUACUCUCAGGUUACUGGAACGAUAACUUGGAACGAUAACUUGAAGCCAUAUUGUAAAAUCUUCGUACGUUUACACUCUGAACUGACACCAUCGAAGUUUUUUCUUUUAACCAAAAUAACCAGAGAAAUUAUUGUUUUCACGAGGAAAAGCUUGGAAUACAAAAGUUUGAACCUGAUUUUUUUGACAGUUCCAAGUUUUGUACAUCCCACAAAUGCUAAAACAUUUAUUGUAACAGUUUUCUAUUUCGAAUAUUACACAAGUUUGAACGUGCCGAAAUAAAAUUCACUUCUCUACUGCCCCCAAAAUUUGAAACUUUUGGACGGUACCAUUUGUUGUUUUGUACUGAAGUAAAGGUAUUCUUGCAUGUCUAUUUUUAGCUUGAUCCUUGCUCAAUUGCAGGCAGUUUAUUGUGUGAAGAAAAAAUUCUGAGUUUUGUAUUUUCGGCAGCACACCUACAUGGCGGCUAUAUCAUGAAUGGCUUCAAAUAUGGCGCCUAAAUAUCGUUGCAGUUCCGUUUGACUUCAUUGGUUCUCCCCGAGUCCUGUACAGUGCCACUAUAUAAUGUGCGUCUCAUCGCCCACUGUAUAAGCGCCCUGGUAAAAUAUACGACCAACGCAACCGCUAGACAUAGUCACGUGGUUCCUUUGCCGUUUGCGGCUUCAUCGAAAAACCUAAAAUUUAAAUGUCACUAAUAGUUAUUUUCUUAUAAUAGUUUUACCUUACGCUUCUUGGUGAGAAAGCAAGUGAGAGAGUACGUUCAGCUGCUGUUCCCUAUGUGCGACCAAUAUCGUCAGGUCAACAGAGUUUUGGUACAACACCAAGUGAAUAUCCUUUGACUAAACCAAUGACGAAAACAACAGCAAAAUUACAGGUAAACUUAGCCUUGACGUACCUAAAUGUGAGAACCGUCCUCUGAGAUAUGAAACAGAUAGUUUGUUUCAAUACACGCUUCCGGAAAGUACACCUCAGCCAUGGAGCAAACUAACACCACAUACACACGAAAACGAGACUCUGCGGCCAAGGUGACGUAUUUUCCGAACGGUUGUAUUCUAUUUCAUAAUGUUUAAAUAUUGGGAUCCGGUGUGGGUACUGUAUCCACUUCUAUAGUUCAAACCUGGCAAAGAAAACAUAACAAGUUUUCGUUUCUUUCACGUCUGGUUAUUCCGGAUCCAGCUAUUCUUGGUAGAGCACUUCCAUCGACAUAAGUAUGGUCGUUAAUUAUCUUAUAGAGUAAGACCAUGCAAGUCCAAAUAUUCGUGCCAAUAAGUUAUUGGUAGUAAUUAACAAGUUGAUCAUGUAAUCUUGUUAUGUACGAUACAUUGGUGCAUGAUAAAACCAAGAUUUAAGAUGUACGUGGUUGCUCUUCUCAAAGGUAUAAAUGCAUGUGUACCUGUAUAUUUAUAUUUAUAGGCUUCUGGUGAGGCUCAGUACACAGACGAUAUACUCAAGCAAGAAGGAGAACUCUACGGUGCAUUUGUCACGACAACACAGGUACGAAUAUCCAAUGCUGUAUGGAAUCCAUUUUGAUAAGGUCAAUUCAAACUUGCAAUCCUAGUUGAGAAGUCGCCAGGAUGCUAUGUUUAACAUGCAAAGCUUCGCCAACAUCCCAAUGCAUGAGCUUGUUGUGUCUAGUUUAAGUUUAGUUUAAUUGACGGAGGAAAGUUUUCAUCUGCGUUUGUAUGUGUGUGUGUGUGCCUGACUGUGUGUGUUUGUCUGUCAGCACAAUAAUUUUUAAGCGGUAAUUUUUUUAAUAACUUUUUAUUAACCGAACGCAAGGUCUUUACAGAGAAAUAUCGGACCGAGGUCUUUUUUGCCCGAUACUUCUGUAAAGACCGAGCAAGCGAGGUUAAUAAAACGUUUCUUAUACGGCAUUUAUGGGCAUUUAUACUUUCAAAUUUCAAAUAGUUUUGCUGUUUUGUUUUAAAAUGCAUGGGUUACGUACGGGAAAAUAAUGGACCGCUGAAAGUGCUUUUCAGCCAAUCACAGUCCGCCAUUUCACCGGAAGUGAUGCUUGCCAUAUAAUAAUGUCGCGUGUUUGCGAUGAAAUUUAAAGUGUUCUAAACCUAAAAUGAUUCCGGCAUCCCCCUCAAAAUUACCUUGUUUUGGCUUUAUUUUGUGGUUUACACAGUUAGCGAACUUUUUAAAUGUAUCUGGCGGUUGAGACAAUUAUCAUUGAUGGUGUAAAAUUGACGCCAUAUAGCAAUAUAAGCAAAACUUACUGAACCUCUGACGUAAUUUUCUCUUCACUGGCGUACCAUCUAAAAUCUCUUUAUUUUAGCAUAAUUUUACAGAUAAAGUCGCUUGAGGAACGUAUCAAAAAUUUAAAACCAAGUGGAAAAAUAUAUUCGUUAGUUUUGGGCGCGUGUUACUGUAAUACGUAUAUUAGUGUAAUUACAUAGGUGAUUAUUGUAAAUUCUCCAUGCUGAUUGGUUGCUGUUUUGAUUAUAACGCGAUAAUCAUCUAAGCGAUUUUCCAAAUGGCGGCCGAAGCCGUUUUAUCAAUUAAUUAAAUGACAAAAAAUGUGUAUUUUUUUACCACUGAAUUCGAGGACAAAGUAAUGGAAAAUGUUAAUAUGGAAAUUAGUCCUGAAUAACAGGUUGAUACAGUGUUUUGUUUUUAAGGGAAACUGUAAACUUGCAAAUGUGGACGUAUCUCAAGUCUUGGUAAGAAAUUUUUACACUCAAUAUAUGUAUUUUUUAUUAUUUUCUUAAGAGCCAGUUAUUAGACAAUUAUAGGGAGCAAUUCCAUUAUACCUUUUCAUAGAUACUACAGUUUAGCAUAUACUCUGGAGGUACUAGUAUAGUUGUUCAGCUCUGGAUAUCCUAGCCCCUGUGGACAAAACCAAAAUGGCUUCCCGUUUCGUUACGGUUACAGACGAGCAAAUUUUUGUACUAGACGAACCUGCACUUCCGCCAAGCGAAUAAAACAAUGUAUAUAGAGGCAUUUUUUAAAGUUGUAUUUCCUAUGGUGAAAAAUUAUAUUUACCGAAAGCGUAUAAGCACUGUUUUGUUCUACCACUAUAUAUUAGCGGAGCUGAAAUACAAAUUGUUUCAAAAAUAUUUUCGGUUUUUUUUUGUCAUUUUUGUUUAGUUGUGGUAUGUGCUAAAACAAUUGUUCACCUCGGUGUCGGUGAAUAGUGCUAGGAUAUUCACCUCAACCACCUCGGACUUUUCGAAAAUUUCAGAUUUUUUUGCCCACUCCGUACCUGUCAGUGAAUAUCAUUGUACUGUCUAUAUCUCCAAUUCGGCGCAAAUAAUUGUUAAAUUUACACAGCAAACAUUUUUGGCUCAAAGAGUGCGCAUAUAUAUAUAUAUAUAUAUAUAUAUAUAUAUAUAUAUAUAUAUAUAUAUAUAUAUAUAUAUAUAUAUAUAUAUAUAUAUAUAUAUAUAUAUCAGCUUAACAUUUAUACAUGAAUUGGUUUAUUUGGUUAGAGCCCUGCACAGGAUUCUCUGGACCGCGGUUUCGAUAUAUUCCUGCCAGAAGGUCGAUAGUUGCAUUUUUAAUGCGCAACCGCUCCUGAUUAGGUCUAAUAAACGUAUUCCGCUCGAAAUCUCCAUCUACAAAUCCCUUAGUUAAGACGAAUCGAUGCAGUAGGCAGUAACAUAGCUACGGUGUACCCGUGGGAAGCAUUAGCGAUCUAAAAAACAUAUAGUGACAAUAUUCAAUGAGAAAAUGAAGAUAUAAUAAUGUAGUAAGAUAAAAAGUUGUUGCUGAUGUCCUCUAUACGACGAUGUAUGCCUACUUUAGAAAAUUCCUGGCGUGUUCAAGUAUAUUUGUGGCAAAGAUAUUCCUGGAGAGAAUAAUUUUGUUGCUGGUGUCGAUAUGUUCAUUGGCAAAGAAAAAAUAUUUUCUGAUGGAGAUGUGGACUAUGCUGGCCAGGCAGUUGGCCUUAUCAUUGCAAGUAAGUAAAUUUCGUUGCUGAAACGAAGUUAAACAUUGCGUAAAGCCGGUUAGAGAAGAGCAAGUUUUCUAUGACAAGUUUUCAUGUGGCAAGUUUUAUUUGCAUGUGUAUACGUACAACAAAUUUUCUAUGACAAGUUUUUGGUUUUCUGAACGCCUCGAUAGUUAUUAUUAACUAUUAUACAACGAUAGAUCACUGACCAACCGCAUCCAAGUGCUCAAAUUACUUUGCCCAAUUUUCUUUGUUUACCCGUACAGACAAACAAGAAUGCUAGCUUUUGAGCAAGUGUACUAUAUGUAGUCCGUGUGUUGUGACCUCGAAAAGUGCCUAGAAAACGAUUUUCAUUAAGCAUGUCUUACUGCCUUCGAUCUGAAUUAUUUUUACGGGUACUAACACGUUCGAACACGAGUUCAAAUCCGAAAAGUUCCCGCUCCGUAGACCCGCUGCAGUUUUCUCACAAACUGCUAUUUUAUCUCUAAUUUCACAGCAAAUUUUUUCAUUGUUCAACGACACGGAUUGAUGACGAUACACGAUUAUGUCAAUCAAAAGGACCGAUUUCUAUUAACCAUUUAACAAAAGACCGGUUUUGUGCGUAUCAUUAUACAAUUACUUUAUGGUUUCCGUGUUUGGAUGGCCUGAUCCAAACACGCGGGAAUGUUGCGAGAGUUAAGAAAAGCGAGCGAAAUCACGAGCCGAAGGCGAGUGAUUUUGCCCGCUUUUCUUAACUCGAGCAACAUUCCCAAGUGUUUGGAUCAGGCCAUCCAAACACGGAAACCAUAAAGUAAUUGUUUUAUAAAAUAACAACAACACGGUAGUCUUCCGUAUUUGGAUGGCCUGAUCCAAACACGGCUUUCGACCAAUCAGAAUACGCGUUAUAUACAUGUUAUUUUAUAAUUUGAGUUAUGCAAUCUUAUGCGUGUUGGACGUAAACAACAUAUCUUGUCUACAACUUUGAGAAACUACAGAUAAUUCCUUCUAACAUCCUUAGUUCUGGAUCUAUCUCUAUAAAAUUACAAGGACGUUAAUGUUAACUCUUUGGGCUAUGUCUCUGGGCUUACAUGCGAUCAAAAUGUUUUAUACAACGAUGUAAAACGGUAAUCUAUAUGUAAUGGAUCAGCAUUAUACAAUUACUUUAUGGUUUCCGUGUUUGGAUGGCCUGAUCCAAACACGCGGGAAUGUUGCGAGAGUUAAGAAAAGCGCGCGAAAACACGAGCCGAAGGCGAGUGAUUUUUGCGCGCUUUUCUUAACUCGAGCAACAUUCCCAAGUGUUUGGAUCAUGCCAUCCUAACAGGGAAACCAUAAAGUAAUUGUUUUAUAAAAUAACAACAACACGAUAGUCUUCUGUGUUUGGAUGGCCUGAUCCAAACACGGGUUUCGACCAAUCAGAACACGCGUUAUAUACAUGUUAUUUUAUAAUUAAAUUUCCAACCUAUUUUCUGAGAUGUAAUUCAAGAGAUAACUUAUCAUUGCAUUUGAACUAUUACAUCAGUUGGUGUUAUACUGUGCGAUAAGCGAAUAUUAUUGGAAAGAGGGCUUCCAUAUACGUUGAAAUCACCAAAUAAGCAGCUCAUGCAUGUACACAUUUCUCCACUUCGUCGUAAGUUUACAGAGUAUAUUUUAUACUUUGUCACUGAUCUUUGUCUUUGAUGUGAACAUUUAUUCUUCUAGUUUAAGGUUAUUUAAGAUUGAUUCUGUCGUAAGUGUUCUACCAGCAACCUAUCGACAAUAUUUCAUUUUAGCGUUGUCUCUGCCGUUACGUUGGCUUCGCGAUACUUUUGUUUUAAAUACCUUGAUCGCGUUAAAAGAGUUAUUUUUCAGGCCAGUGACAUAGCCAAAAGACUUCGCAUUAAUUAAUGUCUUUGUGAUUUUAUAGAGAUAUCUCUAGAACUGAGGAUUUUAGAAAGCGUUGUCUGUACUUUCUCAAAGUUGUAGACAAGAUAUGUUGUUUACGUCCAACAUGCAUAAGAUUGCAUAACUCAAAAUGAUUCGAGCAAAACCGGACUUUUGUUAAAAGGAAGACUGGCUAAUAGAAAUUUGUCCUUUUGAGUGACAUAAUCGUGUAUCGACCGUGUCGUUGAACAAUGAAAAAUUUGUCGUGAAAUUAUCGAAGAUAAAAUAGCAUUUUGUGAGAAAACUGCCGGUCUACGGAGUGGGAACUUUCGGAUUUGAACUCGGCGUGCUUGAAAGUGGUAGUUCCCGUCAAAAUAUUUCAGAUCUAAGACAUGCUUAAUGAAAGUGAACUAUAUUGGGUCACAACACACGGACUAUACUUGUCAUAGUAAAAAUUGGCAAAUAUGGCCAUACAGGCGAGCAAAUGAAACUUGUCAUAUGAAAACUUGUCGUAGAAAACUUGCUUGUCUGUAACCGGCUUAAGUGGCUGUCUCACUAAGAACCAUGCAGAGCGUUUCAGGUUGAAAAUUAGAUUUCCUUUAUAUUUUUACCAUGAACUACGUUUGUCCUAAAAGAUAUUAAACUAAUAUUAGAAUUUCUAAAUUUUUUUUUUUUUUUAAGUUAUAAUGAAUUUUUGUCUGGACGUCAGCGACACUGAAAUUUGACCCCGAAAAUGGCGGUCAAAUAUGUGUUAAAUUGUGCAUCAUAACUCGGAAAGUUUCGCGUCAAAUUAAAAACUUUUUUCAGCGUAUUGAGACAUAUUCUUCUUCUUUUAGAAUGUUGAAAGAAUUUGAAUUAAGCCUACUAGUCUCCAUCCAAGGAAGUCGGUAUUUUCGUUCGCCAAACAACUAAUGAUUAGGUACAAAAUUCAAACUAAAAGUUCUCAAAAGUGCAACCUACCUGGUGUCUAAAACACUUUUAGGGUUAAAAUAGAAUACUUAAAGUUAUGUUAUUCGCAAUAAAACUUGUCGGCAAAAGGAAUAUGAAGGAGUGCAAAAUUCAUAAAUUAUGGCUAUAAAUAGCUCUAUUGUUUACCUUUGUGAUAACCGGAAACACGUUCAAGGUUGCUCGCGGAGUUUUUAUAGUGAUUAAUAUAUUGCACAAUCAUUGUAUUUAACUCAGAAAAGUUUAAUUCGAUCGAAGAAAUGCGACGGAUCUUUUAGGUCUAAAACGGUCAGAAGAAAUAAAUUCGUCUAGGACGUUGUAUCCCUCAUGACCGACAGGUACAAUGCCAAUGUCGAAAAUGUGUGUUGCCAUAACGUCGCAUCGAAUUAAUAAAUCCAUGAACUUGUUAUUAUAUUCUGUUAAAAGUUUUCCGCAUUGUCCAUUUGGCAGAUUUUUUGUCCUUUCAAGUAAACCAUUCAAUUCAUCGUAUAAAACGAUCUUAGUUGCAUUGACAUGGACUAGCUGCGACAUGUACUGAGAUCUGUCCUUUAUCUUUUAUCUAUACAGCAAUAAUAAUAAUUUUACAGUAGUUUGCAGCUAAUGGCCAUUCUGUGAAUAACUUUCAACUUCAAUUGGUAUUUUUCGGCAAAAUUUGAUUUGUCUCAUAAUAGUAGUAUAAAUUAUAGCAAUAAAAAAUACAUAACAUCGUAGUUUGCAUGCGGCGUUUUUAGUACUUGAUUUGAGUUAACGAUACUGUUCCGGGAAUCCAGGCUCCACACACUCGCGGACCAAGAACAAUGACAUCUCUCGACAUGUCCAAGUUAGCGGUCUGGGAGAUUUGUCCGCACCUGCACAAUUUAGUUAUUUAUUUGGAAACAUGUGCAUUGCCCAUCAUGGAUGAUAUUUUAUCUAUGAGAGUCUGUUUUUUAUUCUUUGAUUUGAACUGAAGUUCAAAAUGCGCACAAAUUUCUUUCAGCAUCGUUAUUUUAAAAACAGAUAGGCUCUUCUGUUUGUACAUGUCACAUAAAUGAUAAAUCAUACGCGUCGUGGUAUACAGCCGAUGGCAUACGUCGAUCAGCAAGCAUUUUCCACAAGUUGUCAAUUACAAGCAUUUCUCUUCGUGCUUUCGCCUCAAAAUGAAGAACACGUAAACUUACGCAUUCUCCUUCAUGAAGAACACGUAAACUUACGAUAGUUAUCUCCAGUUUCAUCUGCGUCAUUAAAGUACUAAUUACAACACUUGAAGAAGUAAAAGUAGCGUAAUACUUACGAGAUCCUAUUUGAAUUAAUUUCCCAUAAAGUGUAGUACUAAAAACUGUUUUUGAUAAUGACACAUUGAAAACAUCUCUUCCUGUACACUUACGAACAGGACCCGAAUGGAGGGAAUACUGGCAUGGUCUUAGCGGCCUCCAAAAUCGUCCCAAAUUAUGACGGUGGGACGGACAAAUAAACAUCAUGUUAAACUGGUUUUCAGUAAGAUUGAACAUUCCCACGCGAAUAUCAAUUAACUCGUUCUCUCUCAAGUUCGAUUUAGAAAGAUGACAGUUUGAUAGUUGAACACUCAUAUCUUCCUUACAAUCAAAUAAGCAACUAAUCUCCUGUAAUCCACGACUUCCACCACAAGAAAUUCCACCAACGCCAACAAAUGAACAACUUUUCUCCAUAAUCAAAACUAAACUAGUAAGCUUCCAUAUCUAAAAACGGCACUUCUUUGCGUUAAUUUUCUGUUAAACAAAACAGGUGUGGAAAUUACAAAGGAACACUGUCAUUGUCCAUUGAUAUUAUUUAAGAAGUAAGUUUAAAAAACACUCCAAUAAUUAUUUUUAACAAUGGCGCAUUGAAGAACAAAAACAGCUUCUAUACAUUGCGUCUGCUAUUAUUUUCUGCUAUUAUUGUCGUGGUUUUUUAUUAUUAUUUUAUAAAUUAGAGAAACUUAAAAUUGGCUACAGACGUAAUCCCCUUGGCAUACAGACUACAGUAACACAAUUUACUAUUAAACCUCGAAAUUUUUUCGACAACUCCCGAACGUUUGAUAAAGAUUAAAUUUGCGAGAUUAAAUUGUUUGUUGAAGAAUUAACACGCGAAAAAUAACUAUCCAGGUAGCAAGUUAACUAUAAAGUUUAGUAUAUUGUUGCUUUCGUAAUAUAGCGCGUAUUAUAUUUACGGCACACUCAUCAGUACAUAUUAAACAACGAUAAUAUACUGUAUUGUACAUUAUGUUGGCGUGCAACUAUUUAGUAAUUUUAAUCCAGUUUAAAACGAUCAAUUGUAAAGGCUUUCCGAAAGCUUAAAAAAAUUACAAGGCGGUGUUUGUAUUCAAAUAUAAGAACUUAUAAACACUAUUUUAUAUUUAUAAUAAUUGGCAAUUGCUGAUAUAAAUUUAUAAAAGCUCCGCGAGUAACGUUCAACGUGUUUCCGGUUAUCACAAAGGUAAACAAUAGAGCUAUUUAUAGCCAUAAUUUAUGAAUUUUGCACUCCUUCAUAUUCCUUUUGCCUACAAGUUUUAUUGCGAAUAACGUAACUUUAAAUAUUCUACUUUAACCCUAAAAGUGUUUUAGUCACCAGGUAGGUUGCACUUUUGAGAAUUUUUAGUUUGAAUUUUGUACCUAAUCAUUAGUUGUUCGGCGAACGAAAAUACCGACUUCCUUGGAUGGAGACUAGUAGGCUUAAAAUAAGAUGUACAUUCAAAUUCUUUCAACAUUCUAAAAGAAGAAGAAUAUGUCUCAAUACGCUGAAAAAAGUUUUUAAUUUGACGCGAAACUUUCCGAGUUAUGAUGCACAAUAUAACACACAUUUGACCGCCGUUUUCGGGGUCAAAUUUCAGUGUCGCUGACGUCCAGACAAAAUUCGUCAUAACUCAAAAAUAAAGAAAAAUUUAGAAAUUCUAAUAUUAGUUUAAUACCUUUUAGGAUAAAGGUAGUUCAUGGUAAAAAUUUAUGCACCAAGAUGCACGAGCUUAAGAUGCAUGCACGAUCUUAAGAUGCACCAAAUCUACAGCCCUGGGCAAACUAGGAAACAUUGUUUAGGAAACAUUGUUUCUGCCAAUGUUUCGCCAUGUUUCCCAAGGUGGACAAACACUAAGAAACAAUAUUUCCGCAACAAAAAUCACACUUGGGAAACAUGAAAUGUUUCCGAAUUUGAUAGGAAACAUUUCUGCUUCUCGGGAAGCAAAUUGUGUUUCUGUAACGAUGUUUCCACGGGUAGGUAAACACAAAAACACUUGAGGAAACAUGGCGAAUCACAAUGUUUCCGCAACAAUGUUUCCUAGUUUGCCCAAGGCUUACGACGCGGACGUGACAUAAAAACCGUUGCUAAUGUUUGGAAUCCAGUUUUAUUAUAUGCAGCUUCACUUGUGUCUCUAACUUUGUUUACCAAUUGACUUGUGUCUUUUAUCCGUGUAGUGAAACUGUAGCAAUAGUUACAGUUUUUGUCCACGACCGCGUCGUAGAUUUGGUGCAUCUUAAGCUCGCUAUUGUCUAUAAAGAGCACCAAGAUGCAAACGGUACGUAUUAUAAGAAUGUGUAUACACCCGCUAGUAAUCGGAAGCCGAGCUUGGGCAAACAGUUUCUCAAAUUUCAUGUAUUUGGACCAUUUGGUCAUGAAACUUGAAAGAGCCUGAACAUAUUUCCCUGGAGUUAAAUAAAAGAGGAGAUGGUUAGCAAUGUUUUUUUAUGUUUUUAUGGGGUUUUUUCUAAAUUAAUAAAACAUGAAUGGAUUCCAGAACAACCUGGGUUCUGGAUUCCGGAUUUCUCAGUUAUUUGGAUUCCGGAUUCCACUGUCUGGAUUCCGGAUUCCAAGACUCUGGAUUCCGGAUUCCUAAACCAACAAAAAGUCGGAUUCCGGAUUCCGGAUUACCUCACAAGGGGCGAACAGGCGCACUGGUAUGUAGAUUAGUAGAUAUGACUGAAGCGUUAUUGCUAUACAUAAUACAGUCGCUUGGUAAUCUCCUCUCACGAAGCAUUAUUGUAUUACACAGACGUUAUAAUGUGUUUAGUUUCGAAGGGAAGAAUAUUCUUGCCUUCCAGCCUUCGACGCAAUGGUUGGUAACAUUACACCAGCCGAUCUGUGUAAUGACAACAGGAUAAACGCUUAUAAUUUUAACACAUACGAUAGAUACUGUAUACUAUAUGACUAUUAAAACAACAUUGCUACAUGGUUGUACUUGUUUUAACUAUUAGCGCUAACUGCCAGGCAAACUGCAAACUUCAAGAUUCAAUGUUUUCGGAAAAGCAAACACGCUGUUCUUAAGUGGUAUCACUUGUGCUUAAAAUUGCAUAUUUCCAUCGCUCCAGCGACUUUACGCUCCGUGGAGCGUUUUGUUAAUUCAUCAAUUAACGCCAGUGACCUUGCAUGACAACAUGCGUAAUAUCGGUUUACGCGUCUGAGGUGUGGCUUUUGGCCGAGGUUUGAUCUUUAUUCUACAGUAAUUUGGCGACAUGUUCCAUGUGGAAAUCGGUGUAAAUCAAGUUGGGUGUGAAUCAUUCAUUCGAGAAUAUUUAAUCCUAUCCUAUAUAUAGACAACAAAUAUAUUGAAAUCACAAAUUUUACCUUGCCGGGCUUAGCUAAAUAAUAUAAAUUCUUUAUCUCGCAAGUGUUGUAGAAAUUGACCUACGUCAUUUUUAAGGUCAUAAUACAUUUUGUAUUGUCUUCAAACUUCAAAAGUUGCUUGUCAUUGCUCACACCGAGUGUUGAAAGACUCACGGUUAAUUAUAAUCCUUUUUCGUCAUGUUUAUAAUUGCUGCACCUUUUGACGCAAAAUAUGUUUGAUCCAGCAGCGCGUGGUUUGAUAUAAAUUUCUGCGCAAGUUUGAUAUAUCUCAGUCUCGUGUUCGGACAAUACGCAACAUCGAAAUGGCGAUGAAUCGUGUUUUCAAGACUUUGCUUUUGCUUUCUUGUUUGUGCGACUCUAUUUGCGCUCUUCGUUUAUCUAUCAAGCCGAGGAAAAACAGGCCCAGGGGUAUGUAGAUUUGUAUUUAUACCGUAUUUAUAAUGAAGUGGCAACUUUGAAGGAAACCAAAAUUUAUUGAACUUAUUUGCCGCUUGCUUUAAACAAAUCCAGUGACCAGUGUAAUUCAUGUAAACAAGUGUUGCUUUUACUCUUUUUAUAGGCCAUUCCAACUGAUUAGACAGAUUUAGACUUUCAAUUAGUUUUCCAUCCUCCCCAUGAGAAUAACCAAAAUCCACAGUUUGCGAAUAAUCUAUCGUUCAUGCUAUUUGGCCGUUUUGUCCAAAAGCAUGACAUGAAGUAUUUGAGUUAAUAGGAUUGCAUGAACGUUUCGGCUAGCUAGCUAUAGGGUAGGAACAAACUUAGAGUUCGGGCAAGACGGCCAAGGGUAAGGAUAAUGGUUAUGUUAUAAAUUGAAAUUGUUCCGCUGUUAAUUUUAAGGUACAAUAUCAACAAAUUCGUUCCAGAUUCAAAGUUCAGGUUAUAAUAAAUGCCUGACAGCGAGCUAUGUAACACAACGUGGUGUUUACAGAAAAACAUUCAAUGGAAAAACACAGACCUACUGUUAUUUCCCUACAACUAGUGUAGCGCUAUAUUUGAGCGACUGCGUUUACCUCUCCGCCAAGCAGAGCUGGCGCUGGACAUCAGGUGCACGUCUUCAGUCAGAUUUAAAUCAACAAUGUCUUACUGUGACCAGUGUAUGGAACGGGUACCUAGGUAAAACAUAUGGAGCAUCACUACAACCUUGCAAUUCUACUACGAGCGACCAAGGUUGGGUCUGUAAUGUCGGUUAUUUAAAGCUGAAGACCAAGAACUUGUAUCUUGUGCCAUUCAUAUAUAGUGGGCGCCGAAGGCCUAGUGGUGGUGUUACUGUUACUGUCAAAAUCUACAUUCCCUAUACCACAGGCACAGUUACUGUUAAAAUGGGAUACAAUAUUAGCCAAACUCAGCAUAGUUUUACAUCGUAGAACAAUCGGUGAUUCCCGAGCCUAUGUGAAUUUUACUACGGCUGAUACUGCAAGUAGUCGCAUUCAUGAAUAUUUUGAAAGAAAAUAUAACAGGUUAUAUUUUCCUUUCAAAACUGAUGGAGGAAAGAUCACAGAUGAAGCAUCCGCUGUUUCGGUAGUCCAAUGAAGAGUCAAUGAUUUAUGAUACUUAAUAUUUUUAUAUUUAUUUAUGUAUUUCAGCACCUCAAACAACGCCGACACCUACUGCGAAAGUCACCAGUAAGUUCUUACGUUAAAUUUUCGAUUUCCUUAAUUAUUAUUAUUAUUUGAUUAAUUUUGUCAUUCAUGUAAAAGACCACGUUUUCUAACCCUGAGUGAGCCAAAACCUUCACUGACAUCAGAGUCAUUACGAGUAUUACUGAUUUAAAUUAAAGGGCUUUAAAUAUUACACUUGCAAUUUUAGCUAGAAUUUCACGUGCAAUUUGUUAACAAUGAUGGAUGUGAACAAGUGCGUUAGAACUAUUUUCGAGCCUAACUCCAGUUUUUCUCUAAUGGAGCGAAUUAGUAAUAAAGUUAUCAGUAUAUAAAAGCAUAGAACGUAUUAUUAUUUUAAUCGAUGGCAAAAUACGGAAUGUCUGCACACUCCUUACAGGCCACACAGACAAAAACGAUAUAACGAGAAUGAAACUGACGUCUAAUAGCUCCAUCUCAUUGUCUUUCUUGCGAAUUAGCGCUCCAGGAGAUAUAUAUGGAGCUUGUUGAAUCGCGUGAAAAGAUGGCGUAACUAACUAUAUGGCGUAUCCAAACCACAAAUGCCGUUCUUGUAGUCGUAUUCAUAUUAAGAUCCAAAGCUCCCUAUUUUCGAAUUUCCAACGCAUUAUUUUCCACAAAACAUAUAGCAAAUCACAUUUAUUACGGUGGCGCUACCAGGAUUUUAUUGGGGGGAGCAACUCAAUAAUUUGUGUCGUGUAAUUCUAGGCGGUCCGUGCCCGUGGGUUUGCUCCACAGAAAAAUGUAUUUAACCACACUCAUCUCUCCUUUUGGCGGUCCCAUACUGAUUUUUUGUUAUUCAAACAUAGAAAAACUGAACUCAUAGCUAUUUUCUUUUCACAGCAGUCACAGCUCAAAGCCCAUGGUUUCAAAUUAAAAAUACAGCUUAUAACAAGUGUCUAGCCUUGCGAGAUAUGUCACAAUUGUCCUACGGUUUCAGAAGACUGGGUCCUACAUUCACACUCGAUACCUGUGAUCAGAACUCGGCAAGACAAUUAUGGCAAUGGACAAGUGGCGGUCAACUGAAGUUAAAUCAUAACGGAAAGUGCCUAACUUAUGACCGGUUUAAGUCGGUUCAUUUUCAACCAUGCACGGCGUCAAAUCGAAACCAACAGUGGUCGUGUGUCGGGAAUAAUUUGAAGCUAAGAUUCAAUACACAAUACUUGGUGUCGUUUAUGUAUAGUGGUAUGCCGUUUGGUUACAAUGUCAAGACAGUGUGGUACUGUGCUUAUGGUAGUUGUGCUUGGUCUCGUUUUGGAACAGGAUUAUCCGUUUGUGACAAUGGUAUGUUUCUUAUGAAAUAAAUAACCCGGAUUUCCAGUUUAUUGUCACUUUUAAUGUAAAGAGGCAGUCUAGUUGCAUUCCUCGACAAAAUGGUGGGGUUAUCCCACGAAAUGUAUCAACGUUUCAUAGACAAUACUCAAUUCACAUGCAACUAAGCUUUAAAAUAAUCUGCAUGAGUGAAUAACUCUUAUGAGUUAUGCCUAAUUCUAAUGGCCUACUUAAUUUUCUUCUCAGUCUAUUUUUCUGUAAACUAAGAUCAAUCGUAACUAGAAUCAAUCGUAACUUUCUGUAAACUCAAUCGUAACUUUCUGUAAGAUCAAUCGUCAGUUGUGGCUCCAGGAAUUCUCCGACAAAUGGUAAGGUCCUCGCCAGGGAGGUUAAGUUCGUACAGGCAAAAACCUUUUUUGGGGGAGAGGGUAAUUUUCAGUCUCUCUUCACACAAAGUGAUAUUUUCCCUGACGGGGAAAGGGGGGGAUACUAGCUUUCCCGACAGGGGGCUGUAGUCCCCCCCCCCAAUCUGGCGCCACCGUUGGUAUGUAUGUUAUCCAAAUAUGUAAACAACGCUAGUCAGAUUUAUCUAUUGAAAAGCAAAAUUUGGUGACCCCUUUUUCCUGCUACGGUGUGGAAAGCAGCAGUUCCGAACGACUUGUGCUAAUUUGUCAUAAUGUGCGAGCGGGUUGUCAUAAUGUGCAAGUCCACUAUGUUGGUAUGAUGAUUCCGUAAAAAUUGAAAAUAUAAUUUGCGUUCUGGAUAGAAACUUUGAACGUCACAAAUAUCUGGAAACAACGAAUGACUGGAUUCGAACACAAAGAGCAAAGUGGCAUUUUCAAAACAAUGUAAUAGAACCUAAUUAACAAUUAGUCACUUCCGGCUCGAUGAACACAAGACUACAUUCACUUCGCUGCUUCGCAGGCUCAGUGAAUAUAGGCUUGUAAUCAGCUCGCCUUUGGUGACUAAUUGUUGAUUAUCCCAUUAUUGUCAGUUAAUGUCAAAUCCUAUGCAAAGGUCUGUUGGAAGAUUUUAUAUUAUAACAAAAUAAUAUAAAUACUGUUUCUAGGGACGAAAAAUCCUAUCACUACCCAAAUGAUUUCAACACAAACCUCCACCACCAUAGUUAAUACACCUGCAGCAACAACUAUCCCAUCUACAACUCAGCCGCCAGUCCCACCAACAGACGACAUAGGAACGCCACCUCUUCCACCAACAGGUACACUGGUACCCCCACCAAUCCCUGCAAACACACCCCCCGUUCCACCAUUUCCCGGAAAUACACCCCCCGUUGUCACAACAACUAAACCUCUCCCGCCGCAGGGGAAUAAAAAGAUAAGGUGUGGAACCAAAGGCAGAAUCGGUGGGGUAGUAAAUGGCACAAGAGCAGCAGCUGGCAGUUGGCCGUGGCAAGUCGGGAUUAAAAAAUGCGCGCAUUGUAAUAUAACGUGUGGUGGAACGCUGAUAAAUGAUGAGUGGGUAGUUACCGCUGCCCAUUGUGUAUCGGGGUGGUUCCCAAAUGAGUUGUAUAUCGUGAUCGGGGAAGUAGACCAAUCUACGAAAUCUGGACACGAGCAAAGAUUUAGAUGCACGAAAAUAAUUGUUCAUGAGGACUAUGGAGUUAAUGCGCCAUAUGACAAGGACGUUGCCCUAAUAAGAUUGGAUACUAAUACGCCGUGUAUAACGACAAUGUGCGUCCACUCUGCAUGCCGGGAAGCGGGACAGUGUUAACAGAAAAAGAUUCAUGCACGGUCACAGGCUUUGGACGCGUUACUCAAAAUGGUGUGAAAUCUGCGAGACUCUUGCAGGCUAAUGUGAAGAUUGCGCCUUUCAAUACGUGUGUGAAGGUAAUGUUGUAAUCCUCGCUAAAGUAUAGUUGGCUUACGGUAGAAUGCCAUCAUGGCCCUUCGUUUGGAAAUUUGUUUUGCUAGGAACUUCAACGGGGAUUUUUCAGUGUUUAGUCAGUUUUUUCAUAUUUGGCACAUUUGCAUAUACAAAUUGCCAAUCUCGUCAUCUUUGGCUGAAAAACAUUUUGCUGUUGCCGUUGAGUGUUGGUAAAUAAGAAAAAAAACAACAAUAUAAAUAAUAACGAUUUAUUGGCAAGCAUCCACAGAAUGGCUGUCCGCUUACCAACAUAUACAAGUACACAAAAUCUAUGAACUAAAUAUGUCGAAUACUACUAGUACUGCAAUAUAACUGCAUGUCAACGUUUUCGGCAGACAAAUUAAAGUUUACCUAUAAAAUUAGUAUAUUGGCAAUAUUUUACAUAUACAAGUUAAAUCGCCCAUCACCCAAGUGGACAUUUAUCAUGCAUAUAUUAUACGUCAACUUCAAAUUGUCCAAUCAGGAAGCUUAGUUUGUGGCACGUGAUGAGUGACGAAUAAUUAAAUUUUAAACGUAAAACCUGGGGCUUUUUCAAAAUUUUGAAGCAAAUUUUGAAAACUAUUGCAUUAAUAUUCCAAACCGGGUAUGUGAUUCAAAAGAAAAGCGACGAUAGUUGCGUUAAUCCAACUAAUAAAAUAUCAUCACUGAGGGUAAUAUUUCACCGAAUCCCCCGAGCGGAGGGCUAUAAAUGUAUAUAAUAUACCGACAAUUAAAACCCUCCAAGUUUAGGAUUAAAAACUUGACACAUACCCGUUCGUGAAUACGAUAUUUUAUUUUUGGAUUAACGCAACUAUCGUCGCUUUUCUUUUGUCAAUCACGUAUCGUUUGGACUUUGGAAUAUUGAUGAUAAACUUUUUUCAAAAUUUGAUUCAAUAUUUUGAGAAAACCCCAGGUAUUAAUUAUUCAUCACUCAUUACUAUUUAAAUUUUGCAAUUAGCCAUUUCUCAGUCGAGAAGAGGACUGGGUCUAGUUGAUGCUUGGAGGGACGUUUGGAGGGACAACAAGUCAUUGUGAGCGAGCUAAAUAUGUAUUAAAAGAUGCCUUAUUAUAAUUGUUGCGUUUCAGGCUGCACAAAUAACUUUAAGAAUGUAGGAGAACUUCCUAGAUGCCAUAUUCGGCAUAUUGUUUAUUUUUUGUCCCUCCAAACAAGCGACUAGACCCAGUCCUCUACUCGAUUGGGAAAUGGCUAAUUGUCGGCCAUCUUGUUGUCUUGCGUGUUGUCUCGCGUGGUGUACGCGAAUAAUGUUCAGCCCAUGUUCUCCGGGAAACAUGGGGUGGAACAUUGUCAAAGGAAACGCAGGCUCGGUAAUUUAUUACGUAAGGCGUACCACAAGCUAAGAUUCCUGGUUGGACAAUUUGAAGUUGAGGUAUAAUACACAUAAUUCAGUGUAGAGUUUUCCGGAAUAUAAUACAAUUAUAAUUGUAACAUUUUGUGUCGUUUUAUAGUCGUGCGCAAGCUUGCUGAAUCCCAGAAAAGUUACCAGUAACAUGUUUUGUGCCGGAUAUAAGAAAGGAGGUACGGACGCAUGUCAAGGAGAUAGUGGUGGUCCUCUGACGUGUUUUGAUCGCGGCAACUCCAGAUUUAUCCUUGGUGGAGUGGUGUCUUGGGGCGUAGGUUGCGCACAACCAGAUCGUUAUGGAGUAUACACCAACACAGCAUUGUUUACCCCAUGGGUGCAGAAGAAACUUGCUGCUUUUGGAUAUUAG